UGUUUACCGAAAGUCUAGAAUUAUGUUUAUUAUUAAAGAAAUUAUCAAGCAACCUCGUAGUUGUCAAAGUUUAAACACUUUACCUACCUCAAUAACCCUUCAAUGGCUCAAUAUUCUCGAAAGCCAAUUAAAUAAUAUAUUAUUUAAUAAAUCUACUUUUGAUUUUCAUACCUAUUUAUCUUGCCGAGUAUAUUCAUAUGUUUCACAACAAUUAAAUUCUUAGAAAUUGUAGUGAUGAAAAUCAAAGCUUUUAAUUUGUGUUUCCUUUGUGCAUUGUUUCUUUUAUCUGUUGUGGCAACAGAGACAUUAAAAGAAGGUAAACAAUAUACAAAAGAGUCAAAGAAAAAUGUUUUGGUAGAUAAGCUUGAUGGUGGGCGAAAACCCAUAGAUAUAGAAUCUUUUGAUCAAAAUAAGCCCGUUGGUGCGGGAAAUAAAACAAGGGAAGAAAGGAUGAUGGAAAAGAAAGCAAAGCUGAAGGAAAGGAAAGCAAAGCUGAAGGAAAGGAAAGCAAAGCAGAAGGAAAGAAUAGUAAGCCAGGUGAGAAAAACUUUGGCAAAGGAGCAGGAAAAGAUAGAAAAGAAAGCAAAGCAGAAGGAAAGGCUAGCAAAGCUGAAGGAAAGAAUAGUAAGCCAGGUGAGAAAACCUUUGGCAAAGGAAGAAAAGGAGCAGGAAAAGAUAGAAAAGAAGGGUCAGAGAAAAGCCCAACGAGGAGAAAUAAAACAAGGGAAGAAAUGGAAAGGAAAUGGGUCAGAGAGAAGGCCAAAGCAUUAUUAGUUGUAAAAAUAAAAUAUAAAAUAAAGCAUACACUAUAAAUAUGCAAAAUAGUAAUAAUAAUAAGAUUGACGUUGUAUACCUUUCAAAAAAUUAUUGAUGGUAUAUGUUUUACUUACCGUGUAUAA